AUGGGAAAUGAGUGCCAGGUCUAUUCAGAAAGAGAAGAACUUGUUGUGUACAAAUGCCGUAACAUGUAUCACCAUUUACGGGACAUAUCAGACCUGGUCGACGGAAGUCACUCCGAUACGAUGGGGCUCAAAUUCGAUUACGGUCUGACUGAAGAUGAAGGAGAUUCAUUCUUAUCCAAUCAACCCCUGGAACUGGAUAUUAUUGAGUCAUUGCAGAAAAAAGCCGAUUCAUUGACUCAUGAGGAAUUCAAUAUACAAUCGCCUUCCGAGGGUGCUGUCACUAUUCCAUCAAAUCCCGCGUCAGUGGCACUAAAACCAGACCUUCAGUACAUUAUUCAUAUCGCUUUCCCUCAUAAGCAGCAUGGAAUAGAGGUUAUGCUUAUCGCCCAGGCAUUUACUGCUGUGGUCGUCGAAAACCCUCCUCAGGGAAAGACAAUCAGCUUUGAAUUCUUUUCAACAGAUCAAUCCCUACCUGCUAUCCUAGCAUCGCAUCGGGAUCUCAUCAACUUCCAACCCGGGCUUGCUAUAGGAGCGCUUCAUCAAGGGAGUCGGACUUUCCCGCAGGCUCGGCAUCAUUAUGAUGUCGAAGUUCCGUCGGACAGGGCGCCAUACCGCAUCUUUUUUGUUAUCAUCGACCGGCCAGAUUUUCUCACUGGACCUGGUGUACUUUUCUUCCUAGCGGAUGGAAGCGAGAUGACAGAUGAGGCACAGAAAGUAUGCAUCGAUGCUGGUUUGUCUGGUUACAAACGUGGGGGCCACGCAUCAUAUCAGGUCUGGCGGAGAGCUGGAAUGACCGAAGUUGCACAGAGAUUAGCAAUGAUCUCCAAAUUACAGGAAAGCGAAACCGAGGAAAUCGAGUACAUCUAUUGA